UAUAGAGUAGCAGACAGGGGGGCUGUCCUACAAAGAGGGAAUAGAAGAGACUCUGACAAUGAACAAAAGCAGACAGUAAGAGAGAGAGACAGAAAGAGAAAGACAGAGAGAGAUUGAAAGAAAGUGUGCAUGCAGCCAGCCUGGGACAGCUUGGCACUAUAGAGAGACAGACGUUGGACUCUAGCACUCAUUUCCUCUCUGCUCCACUGCAAGCCCAACUCCUUCAGCUCACCACUGCAUCAGGAGAGUCAGCCCAUGUGGAGAGGGAACCGGUUUCUUUUUUUCAGACACUCAGCAUCUAGGUCUUGAGGCAAGGAGAACUGAAGCAGAAUCCUGCAGAAUUGCUGGAGGAGGAAACAUUGCAGUAACAACUUAGAGUGUCUGUGUGAUUAUGGAUGACUCCAGACGUUAUUUUGAGUAGAGCGUCUUCCUCCAUCAUGGUACAGCAAAGGGGACACAAAUACCCAGCAGUUAUGGACAGUGAUAUGAGCCAAGAGGUUUUCUUGGGACUGGGUGCAGAUGACAGGGAGGAGGUUUUUGGACUGUUGCCCUCCAACAAAGACCCCAACUGGUGCAAGACUCCCACGGGUCACAUCAAGAGGCCCAUGAAUGCAUUCAUGGUCUGGUCGCAGAUCGAGAGACGGAAGAUCAUGGAACAGUGGCCAGACAUGCACAAUGCAGAGAUCUCCAAACGCCUAGGCAAGCGCUGGAAACUCCUCCCCGACUAUGAGAAGAUCCCCUUCAUCAAGGAAGCAGAGAGGCUCCGGCUAAAGCACAUGGCCGACUACCCCGACUACAAGUACCGGCCCCGGAAGAAGAGCAAGAGCUCCAUGCCCGUGCGGGUUGGGGACAAGGUCCCCUUGAAGACAGGCAAGUCCCACCCGGGUGGUCGCGCAUCCGCUUCCGCCACCUCCACCGCCACCAGCAGAGGGCUCAAGGGACGAACGCCUUCCUCCAAACACAGAGCCAGCUUCGACAGCAAUAAGUUCAAAGGUUAUGAUGAGGGCAUCAGCGAUGAUGACACAGUGGAUGUAGAGUUGGCCAGUCCGAUGACGAGCCAGCCAGGAGGGCAGAGGCCAGCCGUGGGUGUCUUCCACCACCAGCAGGCUGCCAUGACCCCCGGCGAGCAGCAGACUCAGCUUGCAACCCAGCUCAGAGUCAAAGUGUCGACCACCACCUCCCACCAGCCCACCUCCAAGCUGCCUGUGGGCCUCUCCUCUGGGUCUCCAGUACCCCACAGCCUCCCAGAGUCAUCCCCCAGGGUGUCCUCUUCCUCUGAGCCUCUGGCUCCCCUCUCCUCCACUGGCCGCUCCUCCACCGGCCGCUCCUCCACCCCCACCUCCACCAGCUCCUCCUCCUUCGUGUCGUCGGCCUCCUCCGACGAGGAGCUGGACGAGGAGAUUUUGCAUAUUAUCUCCAACGCCAACUUCGACACCAUGCCUAUGGACUGCUCCACUCUGGACAAAGAAUUUGACGCUACAUUUCACACCAACUCAGGAUCCCACUUCGAUUUCCCUGAUUACUGCACCCCGGAAGUGAAUGAGAUGAUAUCCGGGGACUUGCUGGUGCCCAGUAUCUCUGACCUGGUGUUCACCUACUGAGGCCCAGCAUGCCUCUACAGGAUUCUGGCUUACUUAGAGAAUAUAUACUAUUCAUAAAAGCCUGUGGUUUUUUGGUUAUAUUAUAAAUUGGACACUUUAUUUUGUAUUUUCUCAAUCAAGUCCGUAAGUGCUAAUUCUUCACUUUUCCCAGUAUGCCACAUCCUGAGGGUCUGGUGUACAAACAGUGAAAGGUUGCUUACGUCAAGCCUUUUAUCAGAGUUCAAAUAUUCAGGCACAGAACAGGAGAGCAGCUACAAACAGACAAGCAGACACUGAACAGAUAUGUUCUUAGUAGAGGGAUAAUAGCGCUUUCAACAGUAAACUUAUUCAGUAUUUUGUCUUCAGUAUUAACAGGAGCAUGUACAGUAGCAUUUCCAUGUCUUUCAUAUGCAUUUGUUGUAUAUGAAGCAGCAUAACAACCAUGUUCUGACAUAAUCUACCAAACUCAAGGCAGCAACUGCAGAUUGAAAUAAAAAAAAUGUAUGUUAUCAACAAAUCAUCUGUAAAUAUCAAAGGGCAAAAAGGGAGAUCAUGUGAGGAAUAGUGCUUAUGUUGCAGCUAAUAGUCCUUAUGUUGCAGCUAAUAGUCCUUAUGUUGCAGCUAAUAGUCCUUAUGUUGCAGCUAAUAGACCUUAUGUUGCAGCUAAUAGUCCUUAUGUUGCAGGUAAUAGGAAUCUGCAGCACUUGUCAUCAGGCUUUUACAGUAGCAUCAGUUAAAGCAUAGGCUCUCUCCAGGAGAGAAAUCCGCUGCAUACUCUGUAAUUAGGUAACAGCACUUUCAUCGCCUUGCUAAUAGUGCAGACUCCAAGACAUGGAGUUCAUGUAAACACAAGCCUUGUGUGUGUGCCUGAUUCAUUCCAGACAGUUGAGUGUGACUGUAACGAUGGUAGGUGGUUAGAGAGUUUAGCUAAGUAGUGGAGGGGGAAGAGGAGGAGUGGAUGGAGGAGUGAAAGAGGGGUUGGGGGGUCUAUGAUGGGGGUCAGGAGAGGCUUUUCAUUCAGGGAGCUGUGCAUCUGUCCUUGCAGGCAGCAGCCUUUGUGCCGGAGUUCAGAGUGUGAGUGUGAGUGUGUGUGCGUAAGUGUGUGUGUGUGUGUGUGUGUGUGCGUGCGUGUGUGCGUGCGUGCGUGUUUGAGCUCAACUGAGUGAGCGUCUGCCAGCCGGGGGAGUGUAGGGGGGGUAGUGCAUUCAGGGGGAGAUGAGGAUCAUGGCCAUCCACACAGCCACCAGCGCGGUAGAAUUCAUGUCAUGUCUGCAGUCUGGCUGCAGCUGCCUGAUCAGGGCCGAUUCAGUGGUGAAUGGAGGCAAAAUCUGUGACUGCCAGCUGUCCCUCCAUUGACUCUCUCAGGGAUCGUUUUGUCUAGAGGUCCUACUGCCUCCCGUGGCUCAUUCAUCUGCCCUGAUCUGGGGAUGAGAUGCACGCCACCUCUCCUCUCCUCCUAUCAGCCCCUAUCUUCUCUCUCUCUAAUAGCCGCAAGGGGACGAGGUGACACAGCGAGAGAAGGAGCCAGAACCCCUCCCCCUCUCUCCACCACAACAUGUGACCUUUCUUCUUUUCAUCCCUCUAUCCUCAUUAAUUACAUCGCCUGGCUUUGGCACCGUGGCGAAAAGGACCUGUGUUAUUUACUUACUCUCCACAAGCAGCUGGCGAAGAGCCAGCCAGAAAGCAGCACCAAACCCCUUCCUGCAGUUCAUACCUUAGAUAAACUGAUGUGAAUCCCUCGUCAGACAGAUCUUGUUGGAGCCAGUCAGCAUCCUCUAACAGAGGCCCCCCCAUGCGGUGCAGAGGGCCUCUGGAGCAGGCCAUGGAGAGGCAGGGGACAGGGGAUACAUAAUGGGACCAUGGCGGAUACGCUGGGAGUUUGUUUUCAGACCAACAUGCACCAUUUGGAGUAGCGUGAUAAUGACUGUGUGGUACAGGGACCAUGACGAGAACCGUACUGGAUUUUUUGUUGUGUUCCUCCUCAGUCCCUCCCCCCAGGAAACACCUGAAGGAACCAAUGUGUGUCUAUGUGUGGCAGGGUUUUAGUUCCUUGUGAUGAUGUCUGGAGAGAACUGCACCAUAAACUUUACAGUACAAUGUCUUCAUUAGCAAAAAAAAUGAAUAAACCAGGUAACUUGUUUCUGAACUGGAAGGGGGCUUCCCUCUUAGAUAUCAAUGGUAGGAGAAGACAUAUGAAGAGAGGUGGUUCUACUACAACCCGAGGCCUUUAAGAGUCCAUACAGCAACACUGUUUUCUUUCUUCUGUUACACAUAAGUAGAAGUUCCUCAACACUAUUGGAAGGACACCGUGUGAGAAGAAAAUAAUCCAGCAACAACAUCCAACCUCCAUCUAAAAGUGAACUGCAAUCAAGGUUUUAGACAUACUGCAUGUGUCCUAGUGUUAAAAAGUGAUUGCCAGUAUUUUGUACUUUUAAUAGGCACCUUUUAUUGGUUAGCAUAGACAAAGUAUGGCAGAGUUCACCAUUCCUGACGAAACAGGUGAAAUUAUAAAUGCAGAUUCAGCAAAAAUGUAUUGGCUCACAAAUUGAAUGGGUAUUUCAGCUCUUGAUCAUGCACAUGAUCUGUCUGGCUAUAAUAUUAGCAGUCAACAAACCUAAAGUACCGUGCAGUGUAAACAGACACACCCUAUGGUAAUGGAACCAAUACUGAAUUCAACACCAGCAGUAAAAAUUAGACUCAGGACUAAACUAACAGCUUACUGUGGAACAACUCCUAUUUCUAAUGUGCUGUGUAUGUCUGUGUAUUAGAUCAUGCAUCAACCCAAAAAAUUGGUAGCUGCAAGAAAAUGUGAUACUGCUAAGUAAUACAUUUUCAGAUUCAAUCUUUGAAAGUACCAUGUGUUUCAAUCAUUCAGGUGCAUUAAAGUAUAAAUAAAAUAUUUCUUUAAUUACAUUAAACAAACAAAACAUUCUUAAGCGAAAUGUGCAAAGGGAACACCCUUGAUCUAAACUAACCAGCAUUUUUUAUUAGAAUGAUUCUAGGCUCAUUUUCUUUCUUUCUUUCAUAUUUUAGAAAGAGAGCUAGAAAACGGGCUAGACAACUCACAGAUGGGCUUCAGCAAAUUAGUGUCAGAGUGAUAAAUGAAAAAAAGAUGGAGAGAAAUUAAGCUGGAUAAAAAUACCCAUCUGGUGGCACCUCCUACUCUGGGCCAGCAUUUGAUGAAUAGCAUUCCCUGAGAUGGAAAUACAAGGACAAAGCAAAUUUCAUAUAGCUGUUGGCCCCCGUCUCCUACUGCCUCCCACAUCACAAGUGUGGCACAGGAGCCCCUGCCAUACUGAGCAUGUCUGUCUGCAUGUCUGUCUCCAGCUACAGCGUCACGCAUGUGGCUGCCACCACGGCGACAAGGGGCCCCUCAGCAGGCCCAGUCCAGGGCUAUAGGGGUCAACAGGGGACACUCUCAGCCUCAGGGUCCUAGUAGGACUUAACUUACCAUUCCUUUAAACCACACCGACCUGACAACACAAAAGCAGCACUGGGAGACCCGGCCUGCUGCACACAGAAGUAGCCAAAAUAUGACCAUGAUGCCUCACAUUUUAGUACACAUUGUUUACAAGGUUUUAUGGUAUUAUAGACUGAGCUGAAUACAGAACGUUUCCUCUGUUUUUCAUCUUCGCAGCAAGGGUUGUUUUGAUAUAUUUACAAUGUCAAAUAUGAUUUGUAAUCUAUUCACCAGCACGUUUCUGGUCUUAGUUAUGGCAAAUUGUAACAAAACAUAUUUCUGUGAUAUGAAAACAACUGAAUCUUAUUUAUCUGAAAAUAUGCUUGUGUUGAACUUUGAUUUCUCAACGUUAUUGUAGAACAGGGGAUAAUGGGGGUGUUUAAAUAUAUUUUCAUGUGCUACAAAUGCAUUGGAUCCAGCCUACACUCCAGAGUGUACUAGUCAGAACUGUCUAAUCAAAUAUAUUAGGCUCACCCCUAUUAGGCUCACCCCCAUCAUAUAUACUGUAUAUUGACAUACAUUUUAUGAUCUGCGUUGAUGAAUGUAAUUGGUCGAUAAGUAUUACCAAAAUUCUGACAUUGCAUUGAUAAUAGGUAUGCAUGUACAAAUAGUAAACGUCUCUGAAAUUGGAGUAACUGCACUUCAUAUAGCCUCCCAUGCAACACCUUAUAAUUAAAAAAUUGGGGGAGAAUGAUGGUGAAAGUCAUUUAGAAAUAUGCAUCACUAUGCUAACAGAACAUAUUGCUAAUAUUGUCCUAUUGGAAACCCCCUCUGCUGUGUAGACUGUUUCAUUCCUGCACUAUUUUUUAUGGAUUGGUGCCCAACAAACAUUAUGUAUUUAUAUCAAUCAGUCAAUUGCAAAAUUGCAAUUCGAUAAAGCUCAUUUAUUCCGUGUGUAAAAUGGUUAAACAACUUACCAUCUCGUUCAUCUUAGUAUCACGUUUUACCAAUAAUUAGCAUUGCUUUAUCAUGUUUAUGUAUGCUUUUUGUAGUGUGGUACAUUCAGCUGUUCUGACAGCGAGUAUGUGGAUAGAAAUAAAAGCACUUUGUUGUAAAUAUGUACGUAGAUCUGAGAGAUGUCAUUCUCAUUUUGGAUAGAGUUAUCAGUGUAGUGACUCUGACUCAUUACUGAAUAAACUGUUACAGUCAA